CGUUAUAAGUGGGGUUCUUCCCCCUCACCCACCCAUGUUAAACAGUCGAGUCGAGUCUAUCGCAGCGAAGAGCUUUCCUAAUUGAUAAUUUAGGCAUACUGGAGACGAGCCCUCGCGAACACUGCUAUUCUCAAUUACCGCGAUGCUCUGAAGGAUUUUAAAGUCGUUGUGAAGAGGGAGCCUAACAACCGCGAUGCGAAAUUGAAGCUGGCCGACUGUGAGAAGCUCGUGCGCCGCAUGCAAUUCGAAAAGGCCAUUGAGGUUGGGGACCCACCGUCCGCUUUCGAGGAGUUGGAUAUCGAUUCGAUGAUCGUCGAUGACAAGUACGAUGGCGUUCGCUUGGGCAACGAGAUGACGCAAGAGUUCAUCGACAACAUGAUUCAACGAUUCAAGGAUGGAAAACAGAUACACCGCAAGUAUGCUUUCCAGAUUAUCAAGGCUGUCAAGGAUCUUGUCUAUGCGGAGCCGACGAUGGUCGAGAUUGGUGUGGAACAGGGCAACAAAUUGACGGUCUGUGGUGAUACGCAUGGCCAAUUCUACGAUCUUCUGGAAAUCUUCCGACAGAACGGAGCACCCUCGGACACACAUGCUUACCUCUUCAAUGGUGACUUUGUCGACCGUGGCUCGUGGUCUACCGAGAUUGCCCUACUCCUCUACGCUUACAAGUGGCUGCGACCAAAUGGACUGUUCCUGAACCGUGGUAACCACGAGACAGAUGAUAUGAACAAGGUCUAUGGUUUCGAGGGAGAGUGCAGAGCUAAGUACAAUGAGAAGGUUUUCAAGGUCUUCUCUGAGUCGUUCUCUGCCUUGCCACUGGCUACAUUGAUUGGCGAGAAGUACCUUGUUCUCCAUGGCGGUCUUUUCUCCGAUGAUAAGACAUCGUUGAACGACAUCCGGAAACUGGACCGUCACAACCAACGCCAGCCUGGACAGCAGGGUCUGAUGAUGGAGAUGCUCUGGACUGACCCGCAGACUGAGCCUGGUCGCGGACCUAGCAAGAGAGGUGUUGGUCUUCAAUUCGGACCUGAUGUGACCAAACGUUUCUGUGAGAACAACGGACUGGAGGCCAUCAUCCGUUCGCACGAAGUUCGUAUGGGAGGCUACGAGGUUGAGCACGACGGACGUUGUAUCACCGUCUUCUCCGCUCCCAAGUACUGCGAUAGCACUGAAAACAAGGGUGCUUACAUCAAUGUUGGCCCUGAGCUCAAGCUUGAAUACCAUGUCUUCGAGGCUGUGCCUCACCCUGACAUCAAGCCUAUGGCUUACGCCCAGAAUUCGAUUAUGUCAAUGAUGUGAUGAUUUAGAAUGAGAUUCGACGACGAUCUCCUUUGAUCAACAAAGACGACAGAGAAAAGAAAGAAAAGACAAAAAAAGACGAUCGGUGGCCUUUGAUGUAGCGAUCAUAUGUUCAAGGAUUAGGAUGCUUGUCAUCUACGGCUUGAUGUCUUUAUACGAUUUUUGGAUACGAGUUGCUGUCCGUAUCUACGAUUGACUAUUUGCAUAGCGAAGAAUUUAUAUGGGAUUCUGAAGAUUUUGCUACC